GAUCCUGCCGCCAGCUGGCUGGCGCUUCUGCUACGCUGCAGGACUGAUCGAACCGCGCAUCGUGAAUGUGGCAUUUGGCCCCGACACCCAGACGCAGCGCAGCAACUUUCGAUUUCAUCCGAACGAAUAGACGCCCGCUCGUUUCAGUUCGCCUUUCAACUGUUUCAGUUUACCGCCGAAGUUGAUUCGCGCCGCAGGAACAUGUGACAAUCGCUCGCAAUCUUAGCACGAACAAAACAAUCAAUACGUAUCUCUGCGAUCCACGGCCUACUGUUUGAAAUCGCGACAGAAAAAUAUACGAAUAUCGUGCUGCUGUCUUGGGUGGCUGGUGUAUCAUUCUAGAAACAGAAGAACCUCGAGCCUGACGCAAUGGAUAAAGGAACGGAGGUUUUUUAGAAAUAAAGAAAUAACGAUAUGGGGUUGGGAACGUGACGCUAAUCUAGGGAGAGCAAGCCAACCACAACAAUGCCUACGGUGGUGUCAAAGUUACUGGAACGUGGCGAGAAAACCAUCAAUGGCCAUAGAACUGUCAUUUCAGGGGCCAUCAUUGGGGCAGCCCUCGUCACAUAUGCUUACAAGGUGGGCUACCCUCUCCUGGACUCUCUAUUCCACAAGAAGAACAAAGAAACGCUUAGCCUAAACAACAAUCUAGUCCCGAACAACGUAAUCAAGAAAGAUGACAGCAAAAGAAAGAGGCCGACGAAAAGUGGGAUACCGAACCUCAAUCUUCGAUUCAUCUUGGAAUUCAUCAAACUCAUCCGUAUCAUGAUCCCUAGUCCUUUCUGCACUGAAACAGCACUAUUGGGUGGUCAUACGACGUUUCUGUUCCUUAGGACCUUCCUCAGCAUAUACGUAGCCAAUUUGGAGGGAGCGAUAGUCAAGUACAUAGUCAGCAACGAGCCCAAACUUUUUAUCAGACAAAUCAUGAAAUGGUUUGCGGUCGCUAUUCCUGCCACUUUUAUCAAUAGCAUGAUCAAAUAUUUAGAAAGUAGAAUAGCCUUAAGCUUCCGAACCCGUCUAGUAGAACACUCCUAUCGCCUGUACUUCAAUAACCAGAGCUACUAUAGAGUUACAGUUCUGGAUGGACGAUUGGAGAAUUGUGCUCAAAGGCUUACUGACGAUAUUGAAACGGUCGCAAAUACGGUAUCGCAUCUCUAUGGACAAAUCACCAAGCCAGGAUUUGACAUCCUCUUAAUGGGCAUCGCCUUGGCUAACCUAGUUAAAUCCAGAAAUACAAAUUUACUAAUAGGACCAGCUAUUCUCACUGGGGUAGUACUGGUAUCAGCACUAGUGCUUAGAGUGGUGUCUCCCAAAUUUGGCCAACUGGUAGCCCAAGAAGCCGAAAAGAAAGGAUACCUUCGCCAUGUUCACGGUCGCAUAGUCAGUAACGCAGAGGAGAUAGCCUUCUAUGGUGGUCACAAAGUGGAACAAAGCCAUCUGAGACAAGCGUAUAGAAUAUUAGUAGAACACUUAGAGCAUAUGUUUGGCGUGAAGCUGUGGUUCGUAAUGCUAGAACAGUUCCUGAUGAAGUACGUUUGGAGCGGAGCCGGUAUGAUCGUGGUGUCCCUACCGAUCCUGCUAGCCACAAAACCGAAAAGCAAAGACGACAACGUAUCCGAACGCACCCAUUACUUCACAACGGCCAAAAAUCUGCUGAUCACGGGCUCGAAUGCCGUGGAGCGACUGAUGAGUAGUUACAAAGACGUGGUGGAGUUGGCGGGCCACACGGCGAGGGUGGCCACCAUGUUCACUGUACUAGAGGAGGCCAGUAGGGGUAUCUAUCACAAGACGCUCGUGGCCAAGAAGGAGAAGGCCAGCGAGUUUGAGAUUGAGUUCAGAGGGGAUCAGCCGCUAGCCAAAGGCAAGUUAAUCUACUCGACGAACCACGAAAUAAUCCUGAUAAACGUCCCGAUAGUGACACCUAACUGUGAUAUUGUCUGUCCCUCCUUGAGUCUGCACCUGACGCCUGGCCAGCAUCUGCUAAUCACUGGGCCCAAUGGAUGCGGCAAGUCGAGUUUGUUCAGAAUACUCAGCGGCCUAUGGCCCGUUUAUGGCGGCGAACUGCAUACUCCCAAGAAUUCCAUGUUCUAUAUUCCUCAAAGGCCUUAUAUGGUCAUAGGCAAUUUGAGAGAUCAAGUGAUCUAUCCUGACACCUACGCGGACAUGAUUAACAAGCAGGUGACAGAGGAAGAUCUGAGGAAGAUAAUGAGGAUGGUGCAUUUGGAACACAUCGUGGAAAGAGACACCUUUCAUGAAGUGAAAGACUGGACGGACAUCCUGUCUGGUGGCGAAAAGCAACGGAUGGCGAUAGCCAGGUUAUUUUACCAUAAGGUCUUGGGAAAUCCUGGUUCCGAAAGUUCCGGGAUUUUCUAGGACUUAAGAGUCGAAGUGAAGGAAGGAAAAACUUGUCUCGGUCUUUCGUCACUUUUGGGGCUAAGUACAAAUGAUACCGAAAUACGCUCUUUUAGACGAAUGUACAUCAGCAGUUUCAAUUGAUGUGGAAAGCCACAUAUACCAAGCAGCCAUAGAUAUGGGAAUUACCUUGUUGACCAUUACGCAUAGGCCAACCUUAUGGAAAUUUCACUCGCACAUCUUGCAGUUCGACGGUACAGGAUACUGGGAAUUCAGCGAGCUGAAUCACCACAGUCGACUAGACUUGAAAAAAGAAAAAGAAGAGUUGUUAAGAGCUAAAGAUAGUGCGCAGAAAGAAAACAGGUUGAGUGAAUUGAACACGCUUCUAUGUGAAGACAUGACACAAUGAAGUAGUAAUCAAUUUAAUAUGAAGAACGUGUAUAUAUUUGAAUUGGGACACACAGUAAAUGCUCAUGGAUGAAAGAAAUACGAGGCAAAUCUAGAAUAUAUAAGUACAAGGCCAAAAGGAGUAAGGAAUAUAUAAUAUAUACCAGGCUAUACAUUUGUAUACAUGCCGUUUUUGCUUAGAAAUAUAAACUACUUUGUUAAGUCAAAUUCAUCACAAAGUAAUCUGUGAUAACUGUACAUUACCAAAACCACGAUCAACACUAGAACAAAAAAAAAACAUCACGUUAUCGGGCAUAUUUUUUUAAGCAGGGUUUCUCAAACUCAUAGUUCAAAUUCUUGCAUUUCGUCUAUAUCAUGACCAAGUGUGAAAACCGACCAUAAGCUGUCACGAACAGUAAACGUAAUUUCUCCACUUUUCGUAAAAGCUCCGAAUAUUUUUCUUGCAACGUGCGCUGCGAAAUAUGGAAUUCCCCGCUAAGUGUUAAUUGUUAAUGCCUCUAUGACCACAGUGAAGCGGGAUACCUACUCUUGAUUUCAGCCUAAUGAAUAAAAUCGGUUUCUGUGGUCAUUUUCACCUUAAUAGUUCAAUCAUAUUAGAAGGAAAUACCCCUGGUAAUAAUUGUAAAGCCUGGUUUCAUUGCUGCAACUUGUUCAAGUUGGUAUUCAAAACAUGGACGCCAAAAAUGGGUACACCAAUUUCUGUGGGAAAACUUUUUAUUCGGCAGCAAAGAAUGAGAAAACGUGUUUUUUGGGAUUCAAUCGAAAGUGUUGGCACGAAAGAAAAAACUCUUGAUAUAAGAUUUUUAGGUAUUUAUGAGACCGCUCGUAAAAAGAUCCGACUAAUAGCAAAAAAGAUAUGGCCGAAAACCGAGGCAAACUGCAGGUUUUGGUACUUGCUGGUAAUGCGACGAUGGUUUCUCGCAGAUAUUUGAAAUUCUCCAAAUUCGUACUUCUAAGGAACCACAACAAAAUUGAAGUAGAUUGGUCAAGUAGUUUUUGAGAAUUUCUAAUUGUUUAUCCCAAUCCGGCCAUCACUACUAGUUUAUUGAUCAUUAUACAGGGUUAGUUCAAAAGGCAUUUUGUAGCAAAAUACACUAGUUUACCUUUGCGAUAUUCCAUUCCGGAAGAUAAAUAUUGUAGCGUUUUUCUGGGUUCUUUUGGGUGUGGAUUAAAACACUAUUCCACAAAAAGAAAGGCACUAAUUUAUUUAACUUGAUAGAACAUUUAUCUACACCACUAUUUAUGUCUGACUAAUUCUUAUGUCGCUAUUGACUGCACUAUACUCCACUCCGCUCUGCUGCUACGAGAAAGGUCUGGUGAACCAAAAAGCGACGUCUAGAAUAUUGGAGGUCACUUCGCGUCGAUCUAGAGGCGAUCCACUGUCACAGUCCUGACAGACGCCGCCAAGCGGCUUGUGCGGUCGUAGUUCGCGUAAAAGCAGAGAUCGGCCAUGAAGCUCUGGCGAGUAGGAGACUCGUCCAACAGAUGGCGCCAACAGUACUAUUUGUCACAAUAUUAUUUUUAUGCAAAAAAGGAUGGGUUACGUUUUUUCUUCUAAACAAAUGCAAACAUUUCGUAUUUGUGAGUAAUUCCCAACAAAAGAUGAUAGACACAUCCGCUUUGUUUUAAAACGUGCAUAGUAACCAGUAACGUAUGGUUUUAGAAUAUCGUAGCGCAUUUGUUCAAUUACUCAAAAAUACGAAAUGUUUGAAUUUGUUUAGAAAAAAAAACUUAACCUUUUCGCAUAAAAAUAACAUUUAUCUUUCAGAAUGGUUUGUGAUUCAAAUCGGCAAGGUAAACACGUGUAUAUUACUAUUAAAUGCUCUUUGAACGAACCCUGUAUAUUACUCAAUGAACUAGUAAUGAUGGCCGGAAGACAAGUAGUUUGGGAUAGACAAUUAGAAAUUCUCAAAGAACUACUUGACCAGUAUAAUCCAACUUUGUUGUUAUUUAGAAGUAUGAAUCCUACGAAUUUGAAGAAUUGCAAAUAGUUGCGUGAAAUUAUCGUCGCAUUACCAAAAAGUGCCAAAACCUGCAUUUUGCCUCUAUUUUCGGCCAUAACAUUUUUACUAUUAGUUCUUUUUACGUUUCAAAUACCCUUUUGAACAACUUGUAUCAAUAAAACCAGACUUUACAAUUAUUUCGGGGAAAUUUGAUAAUAUGAUUAGAUUAUAAGUGCGAUUAAUCAACGCGCUCAUAGUGGUACGUGUACACCACUUUGAGAAACCCAAAAUCAAACUACUGCAACUAGAUAUUCACAAAUAAGGCUUAACAUUUGCGUGAUAAAUUACCAGUGAAAUCUGCAACUAUACACAUCCUUGAAUUAUUUCAGCUUCCUUAGAAAACCAGUGCCAAUGUACUUUUGUAGUCAUUUUUGGUUGUUGAUAAAUACGGCUUGCUGGACUACACUGAAUAUUAUACCACAGCUCUGCUAUGUCAUUUCUUUGCCACUCAUAUCCAUAUUUAUUAAAUCAGCUUCACAUGAAUAUCGUAGCAGUACGGUUAAUACGUAGAACAAAAGACUUAGUGGCCAAUUAUAAUCAUAACAUUGAAAAUAUAUCCUUAACCUUUUGUAUCACAAGCACUUUGCCAUUAUGUUUUAACUACAGUAGUUGUGAAUCUUGUGAUUUUUUAUAGGAGUAAAGAAUAUGUACGUACAGGGACAUAUAAAAAUUCGUAGUUAUUUUUGUACAUAACAAAUAUAAAGGUUGAUUGUUUUUUAUGAAUUUUAAUCUUUGGUGUUUUAUGUAUCAGUAUCUGUGAACAAAUUGUAUGAGAACUGUUAUAAUAAAAUAAUUUCUUUUC